AUGAGUCUGCUGUGAGGCUGGGCGGUGGAGGAAACUUCCUUCUUCCAGUGUUCAAUAAAAAGCUUGGACGAGCAGCGUUACCUGUCCACUUCUCUCGACCAUCAGAGCUGCAGCAACGCUCCGACAACACAACAGCCAUGAAUCAGGAAGAAGGCGCGAAGUUAAAAACGAUCCUAAAGCGCAGCAAACGCGUCAGCCUGCUGCUGGACGAUGAGAGUGGCACCGCCACCCAGAGCAGCUCCAUCGGGGCAGUUCGCUGGAAGUUGCCGGAGGAGAGCGUCCAGCCCCACAGUUCUGCCCCCACCGUCCACGCUAACCACAACAAGAGCUCGCAGCAACACGUUCGCCAGGGCAGCUUGAAGGACCUGCGCAGCCUGGAGGAGUGUGUCCAGUUUAUUAAUCACUGGAAGGAGCAAGUGGACCAAGUGUGCAAGCAUGGUGGCACCGAUCCAGGGGAGGGAACCAGCAAGGCGGAGGCCCAGAGAUCCGACCGGCGCACCGAACGCAGCCUGGAGGAGAGCAGAAAGCUGAUCCUGGAGUGGGCCGAUGAGCUCCGCCAUGUUGACAAGCUUCUAAAGGAGACCCCACGGAAAUCUGUCAGUCAAAAGAAAGGACCUAAAGAAGAGCCCAAAGAGGAGGGACAAACGCGGAUCAUAGAGUGGGCAAAGGAGCUGCAGAAAGCGACCGAGAGCUGCGGCGUGCCGAGCGAGGAGUUGGGCAAAGUGCUGCGCCUGCUGGGCAUCAAGAAGAAACGACUUUACAAGCUGCUGCCUCUGCUGGAGUUCAUCACCUGGUCUCUGCUCAAGGAAGACAACACGGCAAUGGUUUCCCAGAUCUGGUUGCUGGCGAAGCAAAGGACCUGGAAAGCAGGACUACCCAGAUACAUCCCAAACUCAGUCUGGAGCUGGAUCUGCAGCGCAGCAGCCGACGUGAUUCUCGACCCCAUGACCAACCACCCCUGGCUGCAGCUUUCAGAUGACCAGCGCAGGGUGCAGGAGGGCCUGUCGGAGUCGGAGCCCCCAGAGAGCUCCCAGCGAUUCGACAGCCUGCCCUGCGUGCUGGGCUGGGAGGGCUACAACAGCGGCCGCCACUACUGGGAGGUGGACAUCGCCAACAACGGCUACUGGCGGGUCGGCCUGACCACCGCCAACUCCGAGCGGAAGGGCAACUUCCCCAUGACCCCCAAGAAGGGCUACUAUGUCCUGUGGAGAAGCACCCACAACUUCUACGCCUGCAGCAAGCCGGAGACGCCGCUGCCCGCCGCCCUCAUCCCGCGGCGCCUCGGGGUUUACUUAGACUACGAUGAAGGCCAGAUCUCCUUCUACAACGCCGAGACCAAAUCCCACAUCUACACCUUCACAGGGAGCUUCGGGGGCAAGCUGUACCCUCUGUUCGCACCCAUGGAUGGCCGCACGCUCAUGACUGUCAUCAAGCCGCAUAAAAUCUCUGGAGGCACCGGAGAACCUAAGAAGAAGGAGUUUGUGAAGAGUCCCAAGAUGAUUAGAAAGGUGUUGUUGGAAGACGGCACCCAGCUUUAAAAAAAAAAAAACAAACCCAGUCGAAAGUACUGAUCUGUCAUAUGUUUCUUACGUCCGACUUCACUCGAACGCAGCAUGAGAUCACGCUGUUUGUACAGGAGAGAUUCGAGUCCGUCUAUGCAGUUAACACAAGGACCUUCAGUACCUCCAGGCAAAUGUUUGGUCUGUUUAACGUAGAAAUGAAGAAAUACCAUUAAACAAAACAGUUUAUGAAACCUAAUAAACGUAAGAAAAAACAACUCCUAAACUAUUAUAGAAAAUAUUUUUGACAAAAUAAUUUUUAUUUUUACUUUGCUCAAAUUUUAGAUCCAGGCUACACCGCUGUAGGUUAAAGAUUUAUUCUCACAACAUCAUGCGUAGGCUAAGUCUAUUUUAAAAAGAAAUCACAAAACAGUCGUUUUCCCUCUAAAAGUAAAGGCCUGUACGCACGAGAGGAGAGAAACUAGUUCCUUUACCUGCAGGGUGGCAAGAAGUACAACAAGUUCCUCCUGGUCAGAACAUUUCAUACUUCUGAAACAACUCAAGGUCAAAGUUCCUCCCGCAGAAACCUUUGAAAUAGAAACAACGAUCGUUUCAAGACUUUGACCGACCACACACCAGUUAUCACAGUGAGAUAAAGGUUCUGCCCAGAAGACGGAAGAACUCCCAAACUGGAUCAGUAAGAACUGAAAAAUGAGAUUUUACUCCCUUUUGGGAGGGAAAAAAUUUCUCUGUCCUUCCAGAGUUCAGGUCUCGAAGGUGGAGUUAGAAAAGAAAACGAAAAAUCAAGAACCAGAUGCUUCGUGUUUCUCUGGUCUGUAGUGAAAGAGAUUCAAAUCCAGAUGGGCUGCCAACCAUCUCAUUUAUUGAAAUAGAUACGUUUUCAAGAGCCGCAUGGAUUGAUAGAAUAGAAAUAUUCCACGUUCUCACAGCGAGGAAAUGUAGGAAAAUAUAGUAAACCUUCCUGGCUGCUGAUGAGCCGUCGCACAUUCAGGGGGAAAAUGUAGAAAUAAAACAAACUUAAAACUUUAAGUCCGUCGUUUGGACUCUGUAGCAAAAGUGGAAGACGUCUUAAUUUGGGGUUUGCAAGCUUGAUCAAUAUUUCUCUGAACAGAGAAGCAAAGAUGAUCUGAC